UCUGACAGCUGUAGGUCCAGCUUGACUCAGUUGGGUGUUGUGUUGUGUUGCAUGUGGACAAACAGAAACAGAGCUCCCAGCAGACAUGGAGGACAGAGAGGACAGCGGCCCGGUCAAACGGAGCAGUUCAGAUCAGAGGAAGCUGCGCUCUCGUGAUGCAGCCAGGUGCAGGCGCAGUCAGGAGACGGAGGUGUUUUACGACCUCGCCCACACUCUGCCACUCCCCCGUCGAGUCCGCACCCACCUGGACAAAUCGACCAUCAUGAGGGUCACACUCAGCUUCCUGCGGAUGCAACACCUCCUCCGCCCCGAUACCGCAGGGAGGAGAGACGAGUCUGAAGAAGAGGAGGAGCAGGAGGAGGAAGAUCCGAUGGAUGCUUUCUAUCCUCAGGCUCUCGGUGGCUUCAUCAUGGUGAUGACGGAGGAGGGGGACCUGAUCUACCUGACGGAGAACGUCAGCACACACAUCGGCAUCACACAGCUGGAGCUGCUGGGUCAGAGUGUUUAUGACUUUGUUCAUCCGUGUGAUCAGGAGGAGCUCAGAGACCUGCUCACUACACGUCCAGGUUUACGUAAGAAACCACUGGCAGAGCAGCCGAGUGAGAGAAACUUCUUCCUGAGAAUGAAGACCACGCUGACCAACAGGGGGCGCACUAUCAACAUCAAGUCUGCUGCCUGGAAGGUUCUCCACUGUACGGGACACCUCCGUCAGCUGGACGGUGGCUCAACGUCGUCCCCUGCAGGCAGAAUGAUGACCCUGCUGUGUGAACCCAUCCCUCACCCGUCCAGCGUGGAGUUCCCUCUGGACACCUGCACCUUCCUCACCCGCCACAGCAUGGACAUGCGCUUCACACACUGCGAGGGCAGGGUGACAGAGUUGGUGGGAUACAAACCUGAAGAUCUGAUUGGCCGCUCAGCCUACGAGUUUCAUCAUGCACUUGACUCUCAUCACCUCAACAAGAGCAUGCACACACUGCUGUCCAAAGGUCAGGUGAGCACCCGACAUUACCGCUUCCUGGCGAACGGUAGCGGCUUUGUGUGGGCGGAGACUCAGGCCACCGUCCUCUACAGCAGCAAGACGUCCCAGCCCGAGGCCGUGGUCUGCCUCAACUUCAUACUCAGUGGUGUGGAGCAGCCAGACGUGGCUUUCUCCGUGGAGCAGACCCGCUGUGGCCGGCUGCCUGAAGCUGAGCCCCCCUCAUCAGCACUACCACCAGAGGAUUCUGGGAUUUCUGACUUCAGCCAGUCAGACCCCAACAGUGAGCGUCUCAUCAGCAACGCACAGUCUGAGGACGCGGGUUUGAUUCCCAGCCCCGUCGUAGAGCUCUUCUCCAAAGUGGAGGAGGAGCUUCUCAAGGAGGCUUCAGAGGCAGAAGACCUCAUCGCCCCGCUGACAGGAGAUUUUGUGGAGCUGUCGUUCUGCAGUCCCUGCAGUCAGUUCUCUGUGCCGGAGCACCCUGAGGACCUGUGCUCCCCCCAGCUGCUUCAGCUGCUCAAACCCAUCUUCAGCCCCAUCACUCUACCUUCCUCAUCCUCACCUGAGGCUCAGCUGAGCCCCUGUGAGGAGGUGACGGACACCAGCAUGGUGGAGAAGCUCUUUGCUCUUUGUCCAGGAGAUGUUCAGGAGGGAGAAACACUGGAAGAGGUGAUGGAUCUGGAUAUGUUGGCUCCGUAUAUCUCUAUGGACGAUGACUUCCAGCUGAGCGUCCUCAGCAGUCUGCCGGAGGACGACAAACCCUCCUCCUCCUCUAAAGCGCACUCUGUGCAGCCUGCAGACACAGCCAGCAGGAAACGGACUCGUCACCCAGAUGAGGAGUUGCUGAUGAUUCAGGACAAGAGACAGAAAGUGGAUCCUUCCUCCAUAGAAGAGGAACUGCUGCUCAGCCACAGACUGCUGGGCUGUCUGGAGGAAAUCAACCAAUCAGAUUCUUUCCUGCAGCCGGGCCCUGCAGGGCGCAAUCAGCUGCUCACAGACAGAGACCCUGUUCUGGGAGCCAUACAGGGACUGUGUGAUACUGCAGUUCUGAUGAGGGACAUAUUCACACCUCGCCCCCCCGACCUGUCUCCUCCUGUCUCUCCAAUAACUUGACGUUCCUGACCCUGCUGAGGUGGAAGGUGACUUGUGGGUGAAGCAGGAGGUCAGAUCUGCGGUUUGAGUCUACAACCCAUCGCUGCCCAAUCGAUUGAUCCCUUCUAAACUUCAAAACAGCAGAUGGUGCUAAACAAGAUUCUGUAAAUCAUCCCACACGAGUUAAACAGCGAGACAUAUCUGGAAAAGUGUCUCUGUGCAGCUAAAGGAACGCAUCUUUCAACUUGCUAACAUUUGUUCUGUUUCAGUUUCAUGGUGAUGCGCAGGAACUCCCAUAGUGCUCUGCUUUCACUUGGAGCAAAUGUCCAUAAUAUACGAGCAGUUUUAUAAAAACUCACUGCCAUUCAGUGUUUCCUUUUAAAGAUACAAAGUAGCACGCGAUAUCAGUGGCAGCAUUCAUGUCAGUGGCAAACUUUUCUAUACACUCUGUUUAUCAAUGUUCUCUGUAGACAGUCGUCUAUAAAUGACUCUUCUUGUUUGUUUUAAUCUUCCUGUUGUGUCUGGUGGGCGGAGUUACUUUAUCUAACGCACCCUAUAGGCUAACGUCAGGCAUCAAACUAGGCGUCAGACUAAAAAAAACUCUAAAAAAAAUAAUGCAGUUAGAUUUGAUUCUUUUUUACAAUGUUGAAGUUUAUAAUCGGAUUGACUUGAAGUACAAACUGCAGCCUCACUUGUUUAUGCAGUCAGUAGGAUGUCAAUAAGACAUAGUAUUUAGUCGUUUUCUCAGUAUGAUUUUAUUUUCAUGACAUUGUGCCUCCACAUAUUCUUGUGUUUUCGUUGCAGUGAAAUAUUGUGACUUCAUUUAUUCCCUACAUUUAAACUCAAACGACUCUGCUUUAUAAAAUACAGACUAUCAAUACUUAUCCAAAGUAAAAUGUGCUUUUUUGUUAACUUUCAAAAAGUUCUCUGUGACAAAUCAAAUGUGCUUUCUUUUAUUUUUAACAUUUUAAACUGAAUAAAGCUGAUGAAGCAGAGGCUGUGUUGUGAUCUGUGUGUAAAGAUAAUCAACAGAAUAUUUCAUUAAAGUUGUAUUAUUUUUGUGA